UCCUCGCGUUGCAGCGAUUUCCAUGGUUCUCAUCUCGCUCGGCCUACCGGAUCUGUCUCAACUCACUCACUCACUUACUCACUCUUCGUUUGAGUCACUGAGACUCACCUCCUCGCCCUUUGCACCACAACCCAUAAUUUCUCUUCGCUCGUGUUUGAAGACCUUGCGGAGAUUAGUAGUAGGAAGACAGACAGGCAGUGAGUGCGCUUCGGAGGAGGAGGAGGCGGCGCGGUACAAAUGAUUUGGUGCAUGUCUGUGUGCUGAUUGAGACCACGUUUGUGCGUGCAGAUAUUCGUAAUACUCGCUGCAUUUCUCCGUCGACUGAUACAAUUAUCGUUAUUAUUGUUUUUCGAAGACUUGUUGAGGAGUGAAGGGGGAGUGUGAGGAGUUUGGAGGAGUGUUCUUUGGCGACUUGGGUGGGAGGAUUGUAGGUUUGGCAAGCGGAGUUGAUACAGAUAAUUGGAGGUUUCUGUGGCUCAUGAGAGGUUCGUUUGUUGUCGUGAGGACGAGGAUGUUGUGUGUUCUCUGACCCAGAUUCUUCAACUGCCGUGAACUGGUGGUUACGAGGUCGUAGUGCGGUCAAGAUUGCUGGGACUGUAGCGAAGUGGUUGCUUUUUCGAACUGUGAAAGUAGGCGUGGUAGAUUGUUCGUCUCAGGCGUUUACAGGCGACCUCAAAUCUUUUUUUAGGACAACUUGUUGCAGUGUUCAAGGUCUUUUGGUCCACGAUCCUACAUGUCAAGCGCUUUGUACAGCCUCGCUUGCGUGAAGGGAGCGUCCUCCCCGUGCACUUCAUAUGGCUCUCUUGCAUGUCAGUCGCAACGCCAGGGAACGAGGACUAUCAAUGCGGCGGUGGACAACCCCCUGAAGCUGACCAGUUUAUCCUCUCCUCGACUAUCUUACGCAAGUAAUGGAAUAUUUAAUCCUUUGUGUCUUCCCGCAACCAGUAAUGGAGUUCCAUCAAUUCGCGAGGGUCGGUCUCGCCGUCCUUCUUCAGAGUUGUCGCGCCAAGAUUCGUAUCCACAUAGGAGGAGGGGAAGAAGUAUUGAACAGCCAGUGCCAUCAACCAGUGGGAGGAAGGACGUCUCAUAUACGAACUCCAGUAGAAGUGCCUCGUUGGGGCUGUUUGUUGAAAGAACAAAGAAUGCGAUUCUUUGGAGUUCGAAAAGACCCCGUCCCCGUGCAACUGUAAUUGAAAAGAAAAUCAGGCGCUCUCUGUCUGGUGAUAUUGAGAAGACUCUUAAGCGUCAAAGAGAUCUCACCCAACUCAAUCCAGCUCCAGGGUCCUUGAAACAAAAAGCGCCCGCGGCACCCGUACCCGCAUGGCAACUGUCUUUUCCACACGUUGCUGUUGCAACACUUACGUCUGUUCUCUUUGGCUACCAUGUCGGGGUCGUGAACGUCCCUCUUCAAUAUAUAGCCAGUGAUCUUGGUUUCGCCGGAAGUGCCCUCAUUCAAGGGCUUGUGGUGAGCAUAUGCCUUGUUGGUGCAUUCAUUGGUUGUGCACUGGGCGGUUCUGUUGCUGAUAAGUAUGGAAGAAGACGAGCUUUUCAACUUAGUACCAUUCCUAUGAUAUGUGGUUCCAUUGCCAGUGCUCUUUCACCAAAUGUCUUCUCCAUGCUCUUAGGACGGUUUCUCGUUGGAACAGGAUUGGGUCUCUCUGGCCCAGUAGCUUCUCUUUAUAUAUCUGAGAUAUCCCCGACUCACGUCAAAGGAACAAAUGGCAGUCUUCUACAGAUUGCGGGUUGUAUUGGAAUUCUUGGUGCACUAGUAGCUGGAUUGCCUGUUGCGCAUGUGGCCGGAUGGUGGAGAGUAUGUUUUGCUCUGUCAACCAUACCAGCUGUUGUGCUUGCCGUAGCGAUGCAAUCAUGUGCUGAAAGUCCCGAGUGGCUCUUUAAGCAACGCAAAUUGUUCAAAGCAAAGAACGAAUUUUCAAGGUUGUGGGGCGCUGAGCACGUGAAAGCUGCCAUGGUUGAUCUUGCUCGAGGUGAACAACAAAACAAGGGUGGUUCAUCUUGGAAGGCUUUGCUUGAUCCACGGUAUAUCAGAGUUGUCACGAUUGGGGCAGUACUAUUUGCGUUCCAGCAAUUUGCUGGCAUAAACGCCAUUUUCUAUUUCUCAUCAGCAGUUUUCAAAAGUGCUGGUAUUACGUCAGAAGUGGGAGCAAGUGUUGCCGUGGGAGUGGUGAACUUUAUAGCUUCAUGUUUGGCUUGCUACUUGAUGGAUAAAGUUGGUCGACGUAGUCUUAUGAUUUAUAGUUUCACUGGAAUGAGUUUGGCUAUGGCAGCACAAGCAGCUACAGCAACUAUACCUGUAUUGAGCGCAGCCAAAGGAGCAGUGGCUCUUGUGGGCACUUUAGCAUUCGUGUUCAUGUUUGCAUUAGGUGCAGGACCAGUGCCAGCAUUAAUUUUACCUGAGCUUUUUGCCAAUCAAAUUCGAGCAAAGGCCUUAUCAGUCGCUAUGUGUGUUCAUUGGGUAGCCAAUUUUACAGUCGGAUUGACAUUUUUAUCCUUGUUGAAGAAGUUGGGAACUGGUACCGUAUACACCGGCUUCGCAACCAUUUGUCUUGCUGCUGCCCUUUUCGUUAAUAGAUUUAUUUUGGAGACAAGGGGUCGGUCACAAGCGGAGAUUGAAGCUCUUUUGAUGGCAAACAUCUAGGCAUCGGAUCUAAGUGUGACUGGCAGCAAGCACACUUGGAUUAUUCCUUAAAUUUAAAUUCUCCUCCUGUUGCAGGAAGUUUCAAUACGUUUGGUGAGUUUGAUGCACUGCAACUAAAUGAAAUGGAUCAGGGGUAUCUGAGAAGUUGAGAGGAUCUAUAGACUAGUUCAGUAUCUCAAAGAGACACACUAAGUCUAGGAGCCUAGUCAUUUAGCAAUCUCUUACAGAUUGACAACCAACUAGAAAUUUGUACGACUCGAGAUGAGAUUUUUUGAAUCAAUUGUACAGUUUUGAGAUGAUAGACUGUAUUAUAUCAAGUGGUAAGUAGAGUAUUCAAGCGAGUGCAAACAGCUGCAAUACAAUGUUGUAGCACUUACAAGUUUUGGGUUGGUGUAGAUAAACCCAAUGAAGAGUAGUGUUAUCUAUAUAUUUGGAUUCUGAAGAUGAACUUUGGUAGAACUUUUGAAAAAAUGCUUCUUAGGUUUUACCGAAGCAUCUCACUGUAAUUUUUGAUCUGAAAAAUUUGGCACCACGAAUGAAUUCUAGUGCCAAUUCAAGACAUGGUGUAAUGUGAACAAC